AUGCUCAGAAGCUUACCAUUGUUAUGUACAAAAGGUAAAUUUGAAACAACAUUUCGUGGAAUUAAAACAAUGACUGAAAAGAAGAAAGUGAUUGUUAUUGCCGGAACCACAGGGGUGGGUAAGUCUCAAUUAUCUAUCCAACUAGCAACUAAAUUCGAUGGUGAAAUCAUAAAUUCUGAUUCCAUGCAAGUAUAUAAGGAUAUCCCCAUUAUUACAAAUAAACAUCCAAUUGAGGAACGAGAAGGAGUGCCACACCAUGUAAUGAAUCACGUUCCUUGGACUGAAGAAUACUUUCUUCAUAAGUUUGAAAAGGAAUGUUUGGAAACCAUAAACGACAUUCAUAGUAGGGGAAAAGUACCUAUUAUUGUUGGUGGGACACAUUAUUAUUUACAAGUUCUUUUUAAUAAAAACAUGGCUACACGAGAGGAAUCUGGUAGGCAAUUGAAUCAACGGGAGCGAGAUAUUCUCGAGUCUAACAAUCCACAAUUAAUAUACGAUACGUUAAUGGAAAAUGACCCAACUAUUGCUAAAAGAUAUCAUCCCAAUGAUACGAGACGGGUACAGAGGAUGUUAGAAAUUUUCUACCUAACAGGUGAAAAGCCAAGUGAAAGUUUCAAUAAUCAAGAUUUGACUUUAAGAUUCGACACUCUAUUCUUGUGGCUUUAUAGUGAACCAGCACCACUAGAGAAGAGAUUAGAUGAUCGUGUGGAUGUCAUGUUGGCGAACGGUGGAAUGAGUGAAAUUAAUCAAUUAUACACAUAUUAUAAGCAACAUGAUUUCAAGCAGCACCAAUGUGAAAAUGGUGUAUGGCAAGUCAUUGGGUUCAAAGAAUUUCUACCCUGGUUGGAAAAGGAGCCAGCUGUCACUCUGGAAGAUUGUAUUGAUAGAAUGAAGACUCGGACGCGACAAUAUGCAAAGAGACAAGUGAAGUGGAUAAGGAAGAUGCUAAUACCGGAUAUUCAAGGGGAUAUAUACAUUUUAAAUGCGUCUGAUUUAGAGCAAUGGUCUGAGCUGGUGUCAAAACGAGCCCUGCUGAUUGCCGAUGAAUUUAUGCAUAAUAAAUCUAUAACAGAAGCAAGAGCUCCAAGAGGCUUGGAGUUUUUACUGGAGGGCUUGAAGACAAGCACUGAGAAGAAUGUAAUUCAAGAACAGUACACUUGCGAUAUAUGCCGGGAUAAGGAUAACAAGAAAUUAUUGGCUAUAGGAGAAAAGAACUGGUUGAUUCAUUUGAAAAGUAAACGACAUAGAAGUAACCUAAACAGAGGCAAGAAAAAAGAACAGUAUGAAAAAUGGAAAUUAAAACAAAAUGAAUAG